UUGAGUUAGCAUGGUCAAUUUAGUAAGUUUUAUUUUGCCCUUUGGGCUCGUUCUCAUUAGCGCAGAGCAACCCGAGGAUAAAAGUUUCCUUCAAGGAUUUCAGGGUCUUAAAAAACUCAAGCCACUAGGUAUUGAGUUUGCCGACUACUUUCAAAAUGUAACGCUGAACGAUUUGAGCCUUUCCGACUCCUCAUUGCCAACUCAGGAGGAUUUGCUGUGCCUCAAUGAUAUGGCUCAGUUUAUGAUGGCUCUUCGAUCUGGCCAACUUUGGGCACUGAAAAUGAUUGACUCCUGGGGCUCGAUACCCUCUGGUUUAUUUACGGGCAACAUUUAUGACUUGGGCAACUUUGACGAGUGCAUCAAUAUUAAAAAGGACAACAUUCGUGGAAAGUACUGUUUUUUGGAAGCUUACCCCAGUAAAAUGUUGGGCUCUGAGAGUGCCAUAGGUGCAUUUCUAAAAAUGAAGACAGCAACGUGUUUUCCGGCCUCCUGCUCAGCCACACACAUGAACAAGUUUGUGGGUGCAAUAGUGCAGAGAAUUCUAAACGUGAGCAUUCCCAGCACAGCCAUGAGUAUCAGCGAUAGUUCUUGCCAGACCAAUGAGAAAGAACCCUGGAAUGCCCUCACUAUUUUAACUAUAGUAAUCCUAUCAUUGAUGGGGUUCAUUGUGGCUCUUUUCACGCUGUACGACUUUUUCUUGUGCAAGAAUCAAGAUCAGCUUCCCCUGAUAGUCAAGGUGUUUUCGGCCAGGGCCAACUCGCGUGCUUGUUUCCGCAUCGUGCCGAAUAAGUCAAGUCCGAAUGUUAUCCACUGCCUUAAUGGAAUUCGUGGCAUGUCUCUUUUCUGGGUGAUUUUUCUUCAUCAAUACAUGAACGUGCUCUAUUCACCAAAUAUUAAUCGUUUUAGUAUUCUUCCGUGGUUUAGAAGGCCUUUCACGAAUUUUUUUUUGCACGGACAGUUCUCAGUGGAUUCGUUUUUCUUUAUCGGCGGAUUGUUAGUGUCUCUAAUUGCGCUGCGGUUAAUGGAUAAAACUAAGGGCAAACUUAAUGUGCCUAUGAUGUACCUUCGCCGCUUGAUUCGUAUUGUGCCCAUUUUGGCCAUGGCUAUACUAGUCUACACUCAGCUUACAGGAGUUUUCGGAGACGGACCUCUUUUCAAAGGCGGAUACAAUGGAAAAGCGUCAUGUGAAAAAAACUGGUAUUUGACUAUGCUUUUUGUGGUUAACUUUGCGAACGACAUGUGUCUUGAUCAUACCUGGUAUCUGGCGGUGGACAUGCAAUUGUUCCUCAUUUCUCCGAUUCUGCUGUUCGCUCUAUACAAAUGGGGCAAAAAGGCUGCUGCUGGUAUUGUUGUUCUCAUAGUACUGCUUUCUGGAUGCCUCUUUGCCACUAUGAUGGUCAACCACUACUCAAUAACGAGCCUUGAUCUCAGUCUGCAAAAGCAGAUGUACUUCUACACACACACUCAUGCUGCUCCCUGGCUGAUUGGAUUUUUGUACGGGUACUUCCUGUACUUGAGUAAGGGCAAGAAGUUCCAGCUGAGUUGGAUUGCGGUUUGGUCCGGAUGGAUUCUUUGCCUGGCCAUGUUGUUUACAUCGAUCUUCGCUCUUCAAUCGGCACUUCAAACAUUUGUUCCGCAAGUGACCACCUUGGAGUUAUCGUUGUAUUAUACCCUGACCCGAGUGGGUUGGCCAUUGGCAAUCGGUUGGGUGGUCUUCGCCUGCAUGCAAGGAUACGGAGGCCUGGCCAACAGUUUCCUCUCCUCUCCGCUGUGGCAACCCAUUUCAAAACUAUCAUACUCCGCCUACAUCUGGCACAGUUUUAUCCAACAGAUAAACCAAAGGAUAACCAGGACAAACACGUACUUCUCGGACUACCAAGUGAUGCUUCAAUUCUGGUCGACCCUUGGAUUCACACUACUGUUUUCCUAUUUACUUUUCCUGCUUAUUGAGGCGCCAAUUGGUGGUCUGGAUAUGCUUUUACGGCCUCAAAGGAGGGCACCAUCUGAGAUUAAAACGCCGACGGAAUCGGAUCAGACUACGAAGAAUCAAAUUGAUGACGACAAUUCAACAAGUCAAAGCGAGCCGAAAGCAACUGAAUCCAAUACACAAACAGCAACUGAUUAGAUACUCUCAUAGACCCUUGCAGAGGGUAUUAUAAUUUCAGUCAGAAGUUUGCAACGCAGUGGAGGAGACAUUUCCGACCCUAUAGGUUACAUAUAAUAUAUAGUCU